UGCGCAUUCAUUUCCGCUCACUGUCCCCACGCUGUAGCGUUUAUCAAGCGACAUUCAGUGGGCACAAUAUUGUAAGGAAAUUAGCGAAUCCUUUAGCAAAAUGAGGCCUUUAACAGACGACGAGACAAAAACGAUGUUUGAGAAACUCUCCAAAUACAUUGGUGAGAACAUCAAACACCUGGUGGAUCGACCCGAUGGGACAUAUUGCUUCAGACUUCACAAUGACCGUGUAUAUUACAUCAGUGAGACAAUUCUGAAGUUGGCUACCAACAUCUCCCGUGAUAAGUUGGUGUCGGUGGGCACCUGCUUUGGGAAGUUCACCAAGACCAUUAAGUUCCGCCUGCACAUCACAGCAUUGGACUUUCUGGCACCAUAUGCCAAGUUCAAGGUGUGGGUUAAGCCUGGACAGGAGCAGUCCUUCCUCUAUGGGAACCAUGUGUUGAAGUCUGGUCUGGGGAGGAUCACAGAGAACACCAACCAAUACCAGGGUGUGGUGGUGUAUUCCAUGGCAGACGUACCGCUGGGUUUUGGAGUGGCAGCCAAGUCCACCCAGGAGUGCAGGAGAGUGGACCCCAUGUCCAUCGUUGUGUUCCACCAGGCAGACAUCGGAGAGUUCAUCAGGUCUGAGGACACGCUCACAUAAGGAGUCGUCAAACUGGACUAUCAAUUAUAUACAGUGGUACUUCCUCUCCUCGGGGACCACCCUACAAACUGGACUAUCAAUUAUAUACAGUGGUACUUCCUCUCCUCGGGGACCACCCUACAAACUGGACUAUCAAUUAUAUACAGUAGUACUUCCUCUCCUCGGGGACCACCCUAGAGGGUUGGGAGGUACAGCUCUGUGACACGUCUGAUGGUCCCUGAGAGGUUUGGGGAGACCCUGGUCUUCAGGAUAUGAUUGUGUAUUUCCCUCUAAUUUACCAAGGGGCCAGUGACUGUCUGGAGAGUUUCAUCAAGCUGUCAGCUACCCAACAUCCCUGUCACUAUGGCUGAGUGAUUUACAUUCAUCUACCCAACAUCCCUGUCACUAUGGCUGAGUGAUUUACAUUCAUCUACCCAACAUCCCUCACUAUGGCUGAGUGAUUUACAUUCAUCUACCCAACAUCCCUCACUAUGGCUGAGUGAUUUACAGUCAUCUACCCAACAUCCCUCACUAUGGCUGAGUGAUUUACAUUCAUCUACCCAACAUCCCUGUCACUAUGAAUGUAAAUCACUCAGCCAAUCUAAAUGUUUUGUAAAUUGAAUGUUUGGUUUUAUGUAGUAUUCAUAAAUAUGAUUAUGCAGUUAAAUCCAUCAGCAUAACAUUAAAACUGUUUUGGUAUACUCA